UCAUUUGCUGACUAUUCUCCGAGACUCUUUCCAACCCCCAAAUGAAUGUGGCCAGCACUCCGUGUCCGUUCCCAUUCAAAAAAGCAAACCCCAACAAAAACCUUCUCCAUCAAAAUCCCAUCAAACCACAACCAAUUUCAGCAAAAUAAUCAAUGGAGGCAGCUGCUGCGGGUCUGAUUUCCGCCCCAGGCGGCGGAGGAGGAGCUGGGCCGGCUCCGUUCCUGUUGAAAACCUAUGACAUGGUGGAUGAUUCGUCCACAGACGACAUAGUUGCCUGGAGUUCGACUAGAAAGAGCUUCAUUGUGUGGAACCCACCUGAAUUCGCCCGACUUCUCCUCCCUACUUAUUUCAAGCACAAUAAUUUCUCUAGCUUCAUCCGCCAGCUGAACACCUAUGGAUUCCGGAAGAUAGAUCCUGAAAGAUGGGAGUUUGCUAAUGAAGAGUUUGUGAAAGAUAAAAAGCAUCUCCUUAAGAAUAUUCAUCGUAGAAAACCCAUUCAUAGCCACAGCAACCCUCAAGGUACAGUGGUUGACCCAGAACGGACAGCUUUUGAAGAAGAAAUUGAUAAGCUAUCACGUGAGAAGGCUGUUCUUGAGGGGAACGUCUUAAGGUUCAAACAGCAACAGUCUACUGCAAAAGUCCAGCUAGAAGAUCUAACUCAACGCCUAAGUGGCAUGGAGAAAAGGCAGGAUAAUUUGCUGACCUUCCUUGAAAAUGCAGUUCAAAAACCAUGUUUUGUUGAAAUUCUUUCUCAGAAGCUUGAGUCUAUGGAUGUUUCAGCAUACAAUAAGAAACGAAGAUUGCCUCAAGUUGAUCAGACCCAGUAUGUUCAAGAAAAUAUGAUGGUGGAUGACCAUAGCAGCUCCAGACCUGAGUUUGGUAACAAUUCAAUACCUCAGGACUUCUGUAAUAAGCUCACAUUAGAGUUGUCACCGGCUGUUUCAGAUAUUAACUUGCUCUCACAUAGCACGCAAAGUUCAAAUGAAGAUGGGGAGAUUUCACCAAAGAGGAUAUCUGAAGGGUGGCCAAAAGAUGUCCAAAAAUGUGGGGAAACACUCUAUGCCCCUGAAACUCUAGACCUGUCAGAUACUGGGACAUCAUUUGGCUUGAAGGUGGAUUCCCCGUUGCCACAUAAAGCAGCAGAUGCUGAAAGCCCUCAACUACAUUCCUUUCAACCAUGUUUAACUUCUAGCGAAGAUGGUGAUGGUCACAUCUCCUGCCAUUUAAACCUGUCUUUGGCUUCUUCUGCAUCGCCAAUUGGCAGGAGUCAGUCUUCAGCCAAGGUAGACCAUGUGGUUGAGGAAACUGGUAAGUCUUCAGAGGCAAAUUUGAAUGCUGAUGGUAACGAGGCUGAUCUCAGUAUUCCCAUGGAAAGCAGAAAACAUCCUGAUGGGGAUACAACUUUAUCUUCCUCGCAGAACAAGCAGCAAGGGCCUGCUACUCAAGCCCGUGUGAAUGAUGUCUUCUGGGAGCAGUUCCUUACUGAAAAACCGGGCUCCAUGGAUAAUGAAGAAGCAGGCUCUAAUCAUAGGGCUAGUCCACACGAUGAGCAAGAAAACAGAAAAUUAGGCCGGGGAUUACCACGAAGCAUAAAAAGUGCUGAGCAUCUUAGUCUUUAGUGAGCGCCAAACUUAUGACUGAACUCUUUGGGGUGUACCUAACUUUAGGUUCUUGUCAUGCUUUGAAUAAUAGAUCUGGCAGCCAUGCAGUACGUUUUGUAAAAUAUUUUGUUCUUGGUGCCUAGGUUCUGUCUUCUUUGUUUGUAAUGGUUCUUUGAAUGAUAGCUAUACAAUAAAUCAAAGGGUUGACGCAUGAACCGUGAAACAAAUAAAAAUUUUCAGGUGUCUAA